AUGGAUGUCCUGUGGUCUGGGACCGCUUGCCUUAAAUCUUGCAAUUGCGAAUUCUUUGAACCCCGGGCGAUGUUCGAGAAAGUCUCCCAGCCGUCGCUCUCCUUGGGCGAGGAUGGAGACGUUGGCGAAGCGAAAAGGACGGAGACGAUAGGGACGUUGGAGACGUCGGAAACGUCGCAGGUGUCAGAGGCGUUGGCGGCGUUGGAGGCGUUCAAGACAUUGGAGGCGUGGGAGCAGGAGGGGAAGGAGGUCUCGUUCAAGCCCGCAGGUCGCCAUUUCCAAAGCGUGACGCACCACCGUUGUUACUUCACGCAGGCACUAUUUCACGAGCAAGUGAAAGCACAGAGUCCCUUCCUGGAUCCCAAGCAAGUGACCAGGUUUGAUGGCAUCAACGUGCAGGUUAGAUUCGACGUCAACGACGACAAAGUGCGCGCACUACCGUGCAAACCUUACGUGAUUUCGCCCUUUGCGCUCUGUCAGGUCGUGUUUCUUGCUACACCAAAAAACUCCUGUGUCUGCGCGGCCAAAGUGGACAGCUUCAAAACGAAAGGGCGUACAGUCACUCUGAAUCUCACCGCGUACUCUUGGUUUCCCCUGAAGACACUCGUCUCGCAAACAGACGGACUCAAGGUGCUCAUAUGCGGUGCGCAGACACGCAGAAUGCUCGACGCACUUCUCAACGUGCAAAACAGCAGGCUGCAGACAGUGGUGAUGUGCAAACAGCCGCUGCACCACAAGCCCGGUCGCGCGCAGUUCGAGUGCUCCACCGCUACGCUCAACAAACACCAGCGUCACGCUGUAGCACACUCACUAUCGAACAAAAUAACCAUUUUGAAAGGCCCGCCGGGAACCGGGAAAACCACCGUGAUUGUCGAGAUGAUUGCGCAACUUUUACAGGAGAAAUCCAAGCUCCCCAUCUUGUGCGUUGCGCCCUCAAACGUUGCUAUCGACAAUAUCGCGAAAAAGCUGCUCGCCGACAAAUCUCCGAUCGCCAAACGGGAUCUUUUGAGAGUGGUAUCCAUCAGCAAAGAGCCUCACUAUUGGCACGGCCAUGUCCUGGAGGAUAUCUGCUUGCACUUGAAAAUGUACGAACAUCUCACUGACAUGCCCAAACGUUCCUUUGAGGACCUCAUUGCUGGCCGCUAUUCGAAAAUAAGCCCAGCAGAUUUUAAGGCGUUCCAGACACAAAGGCGGCUCAUCGAAGAAAAGAUCAUUCGCAAGGCGAAAGUGAUUUUGACCACCAACGUGGCAGCAGGCGCACCUUUGCUAAAAUGCUUGCGCUCGUUCCCGGUUGUGAUCAUGGACGAGUCCACACAGGCCACGGAACCUUCUGCACUAGUGCCACUGACUUUGCCCAAUGUCAGGAAAGUCAUUCUUUUGGGCGACGAACGACAACUGUCAUGUGCCAACAGCAUUCCGGGUUUAACACUAUCGUUUUUCGAGCGGCUCAUAACAAAUCGCGUUUCCAGAGCUAAUCUCAUGUUGCGGGUGCAAUACCGAAUGCAUCCGCAAAUAAGUGAAUUCCCUCGAACUGCGAUAUACAACGGCCAAUUGACAGACGGUUGCACGGCCGAGGACAGGAAGCACCCGCAGAUUAAGCAUCCUCUUUUUUUCCUGCAAUGUGCACGGACAGUCGAACAACUUGGCGCGCUUAAUCAAGCCGAUCAUAAAUCAAUUCAAAAUCCCGGUGAGGCUCGUGUCGUGCGCGAGCUGGUGCGUAACCUGCUGUUAGAGAAGCAAUUCUCACACAGCCAAAUUGCCGUGAUUACACCCUAUGCGGCACAACGAGAGCUCGUGGCAAAGUUACUGAAAUCUGAUCCCGUGAUAAAUCCUCGCAUCAGAGAACCCGCACUUGAAAUGGACAUCGAGGACGUUAUUGGAUCCGGUCUCGAGCGUGAGCACAAUUCAGUCUCGAACACUUUAAUCAACAUCAACAACGUUUACGUGUCGUCGAUUGACGCGUUCCAGGGCCACGAAAGAGAUGUCAUCAUUUUCUCUAGCGUACGUAACAACUCAGAAGCGUCUCUUGGGUUUUUGACAGACCGUAGACGCUUGAAUGUGGCUCUGACGCGUGCCAGAAGGGCGUUGGCAGUCGUAGGAGACAAAGAAACUUUGAAAAACAGUAAAAUUUGGCGCAAAUUCCUCAAGCACCUCCAAGAACGAGACUUGAUUUUCGAAAAAGUCUCUUCCCUGUGA